AUGAUGCCUCUGCUACCGAAAUCGUUCGCGAAUAUCAAGCGAGAGGAAUCCAUGGACAAGUGGCUAAGCGCCGCCUCCGAAGAGGUGGUCGGCUCCGGUUUUGCCUUGAGCAGUGGCCGCUCAUCAGAUGAAUCCACCGCAAUCACGAAGAUCGCGUCCAACGAUGCAGCACCGGUGAUCUUUGGUUCCAGAGAAGCUGAACAGAAUAUCAUCUCAACGAACUAUGUCCUUCACAAGGAGGCUAGCAGUGUUUUGGAGGAGUCGACGUUGAAGGAGGCGAGAUACGGCGGUGGAACAUACCUCUCCUGCCAGGCAGCCAGCGAAAUUUCGCCUGACACGGUCAGCGUUGGCCUCAGAAAUGAGGACAAAUCCGAGGAGAAGGCCAUAUCGCUCAAGAUUGCUCGUGAAGAAUCUUCGUCUUUGGCCACGAAAGCCUCAUCAGAAGAAUCGAUCACAGCUAACAAAGAUGUGCUCUGCGCUCGAGUUGCUGUUGAGGAAGUGCACGAAACCAGAAGCGAAGCGCGCACCGUCGAACCAACCGCGCUGGCCUCGAAAUGUAGCGAGGAAACAAUAUUCCAUCUUAACUACAGUUACCAAAAACAACCAACAGAAUUCGCGGCCACAUUUGUCGGAUCAGAGUCACGCGAUGAAGGCGAAGUUCGCGUCGAAACACAGGCGUCUGGUGAUGAGCGUGUCGAGACCGAGGAGCUGUCCGUUAGUAGGCGUAUGGUCGAGGUGGAAGUGGAAGGAGUUGUAAUGCGUGGUGUUCGUGAAGCAUCACCCCUAUUACUUCAUACAGAAUCCGCAUCCGAAUCCGUGGUACGAGUCGAGCAGAGCUUGGAGCGACAACAUCAUCUACGUGUGGAUGGUAUGGAAGUGUCGCAUGAACGCAGUGAAUCCGAGGAACGCAAGAAGGAAGAAAAGAGGGUGAGCUUCGCCUCAGAAGUCACCGAGAAGACAAUGGAGAUGAUCGAUCACAGUCUCGACAUGAACAUGACGAUGACCGUGGAGCCAGCAUUCCAAAAACCAUCGAUCAUCAAGAAGCCGAUGAAGAAAGAACGCGAGCAUCGUCACCGGGAAAUGAAACGCAACGAAGCCCCGUCAUUGUGA